AUGGGUAGUUGUGUGGUGGAGAUGCAAGCCAUGCUCAACAACCCCGAGCAAUUGGGAAGGAAAAGAACGUCCAUCUACAAAGUCCCUCCCUUCAUCUCAAACAUUAAUGAGACACCCUAUUUGCCUCGAGUGGUGUCGUUCGGGCCGUACCACCACGAGGAGACUAAACUAGCAUCGAUGGAGGCUCACAAGAAACGCACUCUAAUCCACUACAUCCAUCAAUCAGGGCUAACCAUGCAAGAUGUCUUUGCCCUCGUAGCAGAAAUGGCUCAAGAAUUGAAGGACUCAUACGAUUCCCUCGACGCUAAACGGCAAGAUAACACUGAGAGAUUUGUGCAAUUGAUGAUCUUAGAUGGCUGUUUCAUGCUUGAAGUACUACGAGUUGCAUACAAGUUUGAAAACUAUUAUUCUGAUGACGAUCCCAUCUUUAGCCAACAUGGAGAUCUCUAUGUUAUACCGUUUAUCAAGGCUGACAUGUUGAUGCUAGAGAAUCAGUUGCCAAUAUUGCUUUUACUCAGGCUCAAACAUAUCCUAAAGAAUGUAGAGCCUGACAUUAAUGAAUUGAACAAGGAGAUACUCGACUUUCUCAACUACAACAUUAGAGAUGGCGAGUACUCAAAGAUGGGUGAAUGUUUGCACGUGCUUGACCUCCACCGCAAAGGCCUACUCCACACACACAACGAACAUGGAAAUGCAGCCCCCAAUUCUACAAAUCAAGGAAAAGGCAACUACCCAAAGAUGGGUAAGUGUUUGCACAAGCUUGACCUCAACUGCAAACGCCUACUCCACACUCACAAUAAACCCAGAGAUAGACACAACGUCGUCCGCCCAGCCAUAGAACUCCAUGAGGCUGGAGUCCGCUUCAUGAAAAGCAAAAGCAAAAGUCUCCAGGACAUCACCUUUGACGGCGGCCUCUUGAAACUUCCCUAUUUCAUAGUUGAUGACUUUACCAAAUCAAUGUUCUUGAAUCUCAUAGCCUUUGAGCGUUGCCACAUCCCCGCUGGCAGCGACAUCACUUCGUUCGUCGCGUUCAUGGACCGCAUCAUUGAUGACAGUCAGGAUAUCAAACUUUUGAGCUCAAAAGGGAUUAUCGACAACUAUAUUGGGAAUGACAAGGAGGCAGCCGAUUUGUUCAACACAAUGUCUAAGGAUUUGGUCAUGGAGAUGAACGAAAACCUUAAAAAUGUGUACACAAAUCUCAUCGCCUAUUGCGACAUGCCUUGGCAUAAAUGGAACAAGAAGGGUCAUGUCUACGGUCUCGGCUCUCAAGGUAGGCAAUCAUUCCCUGUUGUAUUUGAUAGCAAUUCCAGUGGUUCAUAUGGUUUGUCGUCGGAAUUAGAACAAAUGAGAUUGAAAGUCACCCAGAUCAACAAAGAGUUAUAUUCUGCUCAAACUAAGGUUGUCGAGGUGGAAAAUCAGCUGCAAUCCACCGAGUCUUGGAUGAACGCGGAGUUGCAUUCUGCUUGGAUCGAGGUGACAGAGAUGAGAAAUGAGAAUGUGCAGCUGCGUCAGUGGCAGCAACAGAUGAUGGCGUGA